AUGACAACAAAGACUAUUAUAGGGGUAUUCCGGAACUAAUGUUUGGGUUUUUUUUAACGUCUGCUUAAUUUAUUGCCCUUUGUUACACAAUAUGCUAUUAUUCAAACAUCACAUUAAUUUGUUUAUCUUGUGAGGUGUGCAAUGACGGAAUAACCAAACAAAUAAUAUGAUAAGAGCGAUGUUUCAAAACGAAUGUGUUCGGCUAUUGUUUACAUGUUGUCAUGGCGACGAAGGGGAUUCCCAACAAUAACUAAUAACACAAUCAAACAAAACCCGAUUAGUCUGGUCUUGUCUAUAAUGAAUGUCGGUGAGGUCUUAUAGAGAACAGUACGACCUCUGAGAUAAAUCAAGAAAUACGCACGAUGGAACGACGCCAAGUAACCCUGAAAGAGAAACUAAAGGCUCACUAUGAUAACAGAAACUUUCAACCACAAGAAACGUCUGCAAACAAAGUUGGAGUGGCAUUUUACUGGUUCAUGACGAUUUCCUUGUUAUUCGAAUCAUUAUUGAUAUUGAUCCCAACUUUAUUUAAAGACAACACUACAGUCAAGCUGCUAUGCCAAGUGCUGGUUUUCAUGGCUUUGGUAGAAUGUAAUGCCUGUUGGUUUUUAACCUAUAAAGAUGUGAGUAAUUAUGUAAGAAAGACUUUUAUAGAGAAAUAUUUCACCCAGAUCCAGGAAACCCCACCAGGUUGGAGAUCCUGUCCUUCAUGUCAGUUAGAUGCACCACCCAGAUCUCACCACUGUAAAUUAUGUGAAAAGUGUAUAUUGAAAAGAGACCAUCAUUGUUUUUUUACUGGUUCUUGUAUUGGAUUUUACAAUCAACGUUAUUUUAUCAUAUUCUGUGUCCACAUGAUCUGGUCCAAUGCGUUCGCGCUCUACCUCCAAUUAACAUAUCUUAAUGAAGCCAUGCCAAUAUUUUCAAACUAUUUUGUGAAUUAUUUACCAGGAAUAAAUGUGCUGUUAUAUUUUUUCGGAAAUAUACCUAUUGGAAUAGUAUUAAUAGUUAUCCAUAGUCAUUUCUGUAUCUUUUGUCUCGGAGCAGGAAUCUUCUUCUUCGUCUGGCAAAUGAUGAUUGUCAGUUCCGGACAAACUUCACACGAGGCAUGGAAAAAUAUUAAUCCUUACGGCAAAAGUGUACUGGAUAAUUUUCGGUCAGUGUUCGGACCAUUGAAAUUUAGCUGGUUGAUGUUAUUUUUCCCUGUGCCAUUUGACUUAAGUGAGGACGGUAUAAAGUGGGAAAUACAACCAAAGAGUGUGAAAGGUCACUAAUAAAAUUCUAACAAAGGAAUCGUGUCAUUCUCAGUAUCCUCAGUGGUCUCAUUCCGUUCCACUCCACUAAACCCUGGGUUCAUCCAUGGGAAUACCGAGGAUGGAAUCACAUAUGAACUAUUGAAGUCGCUGAUCGUCAUUUGAGAGAUUUAAAAUUCUUUACAAACUACGAUAUAUUGUGAAAGUUGAAUCUCUAACAUGGAUUUUAGUUUAAAAUAUGGUUCAAAUCGGUUCAGUAUUUAUAAAGAUGUGAAGAAUUAAAAACUUCACAUUCAGUAUUCUCUGCAUAUGAUACAAACAAGCCAGCGGAACAUAUCAGUGUUGGGUAAAAUCUUUUGAUGGACUUCUUAAUCGGAUUGAAUCCAUGCUGGAAGAUAGACUGUUGAUAUUUUGGUUUCGUUUUCUUAAUUAAAUGUUACAAAGUCAAUUUGGGUACUGUUUAGUGUCGACAAAGCUUUGAAAAUUAGAUUUUGUCUGAAAAUGCAAAUGACGAUCAGCUGCUUUAAGAUCAUGUCAAUUAUUUAUAUCAUUUUAUAUUUAUUGUGAAAUAUAUUUUUAUACUCUAAAUAUCAUUUAUGUUUUCAUUUAUCACUUUUUGCUGUUAUUCACUGCCAAACUAGAAUAAAAUAUUAGUUUUAA